AUGGACGUUGGGAACUAUUCACUGGUGUCUCAAUUCAUUUUUGAACCAUUAUCUGAUGUCCACACUAUCAAGAUCAUUCUCUUCCUGCUGGUGCUGACAUCAUAUCUUUUCAGCAUAAUGGGAAACAUCUUCAUCAUUAUUGCUAGCUUGACAAACCCUGCUCUUCAGUCUCCCAUGUAUUUCUUCCUUCGAAAUUUAUCAUUCUUAGAGAUUGGUUACACCUCCACUAUAAUUCCCAAAAUGCUGUCAAAUUUUCUUUCAGAAGAUCUGAGCAUUUCAUUCAUUGGCUGUGCCACACAGAUGUAUUUCUUUGGCUCUCUUGGAAUUGCAGAAUGUUGCUUGCUGGCUGCCAUGGCAUAUGAUCGCUACGUAGCCAUCUGUCACCCUUUGCAUUACUCUGUCAUUAUGAACAGAACAAUUUGUCUGCAGAUCUCUGCCGUCUGCUGGCUCAGUGGAGUGCUAGUGGUUUUAGUACCAGCAUCAUUAAUAUUCACUCUUCCCUUUUGCGGACCCAACAAGAUUAGGCACUUCUUCUGUGAUCUCCCUCCACUGCUGAGGUUAGCCUGUGCGGACAUUUAUAAAAAUGAAGUCAUAAUUUACACAGUCACGGUCAUCUUCAUCAUGCUUCCCUUUUUUCUGAUCCUGGUCUCUUACAUCCGCAUCCUUCAUGCUGUGCUAAAGAUGUCUUCAAACACAAGCAGAAGCAAGGCCUUCUCCACUUGUUCUUCUCACAUCACAGUGGUGACUCUUUUUUAUGGAUCUGCUGUUCUAACGUACUUGAGACCAACAUCUGCAAAUUCUCAGGGAACUGACAAAGUGCUCUCCUUUUUUUACACUGUUGUGUGCCCUAUGUUGAAUCCCUUAAUCUACAGCCUCAGAAACAAAGAAAUGAAGGAUUCCCUCAAGAUGAUGGUCAGAAAGAUAUUGUUUAGAAAGUAG